ACCACUGUUACGGAUUUCAAAAUAAAAUAAUAAAAACUUAGCUACACCUGUCACGACAUCUUGUUGAUAUUGAGACGUUCGCUGACUGAAUCCAUAAUUAGAUUUCGUCUUUAUUACCAGUAAUAUCUUUUUUUCUGGCUUAAUUUCUUCUCCUAUAUCUAUUACGACUUCGUUUGAAACUUAAACAUAUCCUUUUGUAACGAGUAACAAGAAGUCAAGAACCAAGAAACACAAAUGGAUCCGAAGGAGCUUCCGUCGAACCUUAGAGACGACAAGAUAAGUGAAGAAACCAAGAAGGUGAUCUCUUCGCUUCCUUCACACACAGAUUACCAAGGAGGAGCAAUUUGUAAAUAUCAAGGAUGUUGGUAUUAUUACAACACCCUCCAAGGUGUUCUCAAUUUCCAGAGAGGUUUUCAACCGCUAAAGGCCCUCACAGUCGCUCUGCUUGAGAGAUCAAAGAACCACUCUUCUGAUCAUCCUCUUCUAUAUCAUAAUCCUCAUGGCAUUAUACCAUUCUUGGAGAUCGAUCUGUACCACGAAAGCUCGAGUCCUAACCUAGCCAAGUUCUCAGCACCUCCGAGGCUGUUCUCGACUCACAUGCCACUGCACACGAUCCACGAAGCCCUCAAGCACUCUCCUUGCAAGAUUGUGUACGUGUGCAGGAACGUGAAGGACACGUUGAUCUCGUGUUGGUUUUACAGCUGUGCUAUAUAUAAAAUCGAACCAACCAGAAGCGUUCUCGAGUCUAUGUUUAACGAGUUCUGCGAUGGAACCAACUAUUUUGGACCUUUUUGGGAUCAUCUCUUGAGUUACUGGAGAGGAAGCUUGGAAGACCCAAAGCAUGUCCUUUUCAUGAGGUAUGAGGAAAUGAAAGCCGAGCCUCGUGAUCAGAUCAAGAGACUUGCGGACUUCUUGGGUUGUCCUUUUACCAAGCAAGAAGAAGAUAGUGGAUCUGUGGACGAGAUCUUGGACCUCUGCUCUCUGCGUAAUCUGAGCAGUUUGGAGGCUAACAAAACAGGGACAAUAAACAAUGUGGAGCACAAGUUUUUUUUCCGUAAAGGAGAAGUCGGUGACUCGAAAAAUUAUCUUACGCCUGAAAUGGAGAACAAGAUAGACAUGAUCAUCCAAGAAAAACUUCAAGGUUCUGGUUUGAAUUUUUAGAGUUUUAUUAUUAUGGUUUGUGUGUUU